AUGGGUGUUGUCAUUGUCAAAUAGUUGUGAAAUAAUCAAGUUAUGUAUAUGUGAUGUGGUGUGAAGUUAAUUCUAUUGUUUAUUGUACUUUCUAUUUGUGUCCUGUUUUUGCAUAUUGCUAAUUAUCUGGCCAACGAGUGCUGCAAAAAGCACUGUUGUACUCGCCCAUCUUAAAUCCAUAAACUUUGCCACAAUGACAAUGGGCGAUGAACUGCCUGUCACUUCUUUGGUUUUGCCCGUUCUUAUUCGUCCUGUGUUAACUCAGUUGGAGAAAUAUGAUUUGGGCGCGUCUCAGACAUUACGAGCAGCCCUUACUAAGGCGGAGGCUGCAGUGCCAGGGCUUAAUUAUGAUUUGGUGGCCGGGAUAAUGCGAAGAGCUGAUAUACCUGUCAAUAUGAAUGAGAGUUUACUGCGUUUGCAGGGGGCUCUUACAGAAUCAGAAUGUGCUGAUCUAAGGCUGAACCGGUCUGAAGAGGCAUUCCAAGAAUUAAACAAGAAAUCUACUGCAUUGAAGAAAAUUUUGAGCCGCAUUCCUGAUGAAAUAACAGACAGAAAGACGUUCCUGGAAACUAUUAAAGAGAUUGCAUCAGCUAUCAAGAAGCUUCUGGAUGCUGUCAAUGAGGUGUCUCAAUAUACCCCAGGUCCCGGCAAACAAGUGCUAGAACAAAGGAAAAGGGAAUUUGUCAAAUACUCUAAAAGGUUUUCAAACACAUUGAAGGAGUACUUCAAGGAAGGACAGGCCAAUGCUGUGUUCGUGAGUGCUCUUUAUUUGAUCCACCAAACAAACCAAAUCUUAUAUACCGUAAAAAAUAAGUCUGAAUAAGUUUAUCACUUCUGUAAUAGUAUUUACUAAUUUGUCAAGUGUAUUAGUUACAUAUGAAAUAAACAUGGAUAUGGGGUUAAAUACCUAGUUAAUCAAAAGUUUAAAAAAGUAAAAGUAUAGUAUAUUAUUUUUCAUGUCUUAAUAUUAAAUAAUCAUUUUACACCUAGGGUUGAUAACCAUCAGUGGCCAAAAAUUGUAGAUUGAGAGUCUUUGAAGUUCUUAAGACAUGGGCAGUAAAGAGUUGGUCAUUGAGUGCUAAGUUAACGAAUAUCAUAAUUCAUAACACUUUCCGUACCUUUUACCAGGUAAAAUACAUGUUGUGGGAUCCAGGUGGAAUACAUUUUGGGAGUGUAAGAGCACUCAAAUAAUUUUGCCUUAUUGACAUUUAUUGGGAGUUUGAACGUGUUAAAAUGACUAUUUAUUACAAGAAAAUUAUUAUUGAUUGCUAAAAUUUUAAAUACAUUGGGCGAAGUUUUAUGGCUGAAAGCUUUCAGGUAUUCGUAUUAGUAAAUCGAAAUUUAAAAAUUCUUACGGUUUUUCAUCCAUCGUAGGAUAUGUCUACAACUCUACAUUAGGUAUCUAUCUGUACCCUAAUGACGUAAAUUCAUAGUUAUUUUUAGAUAUUGGACUGUUCACAUUCGGUUCUUGUUUCAGUAAAAUGCAUACACUAUUAUAAUGAUGUAGCGCAAUAUUAAUAUGAUGUAUAUUUAAAUUUAUAGAUGUAGUCUGUAAUUAUUAUUUAAAUAAUGCAUAGGUACCUACAGUUGAAGUAUUUACUUGUGUUUUAAAAUUGUACCUACGAAUCACAAUUUACUAUCGCAAUAUUAUUAUUGUGUUUCAAAUAUCACACUAUAUACAUAAAUACCGAUCGUGACUGUACAUCGUGUAGUCACUACUCUACAUAACCUAUGACUGUUGUACUUUAACCUAGUAUUAUAGAUAUAGAAAAUGUUUAUAAAAUUAAUGUUAUUAUAUUAAUUUGCACUGUUCUGGAGAUAUACCCAACUAAUAGAGAAAUAUUUUUA